AUGAACGACGAAGAAAAGGCCGUCGUGGUCAGCGCUGAGGAAGGUGGCGAUGAGGACUUGGUCAUGGCCGUCGAACCAAAGAGCAUCAGAACUAAUCAGGAUGCCUUGGGAGCAUUGCAGAGCACACCUGCUCCCAAGGCAGCACUCGCGGAUCCUGCUAAAGUCAAGCGCGAUGAGUAUAUCAUGGACACGAACAAUAGCAGUAUCGUGUCCAAGCGAUCUGUCGAGAAGCUGUACUAUUCUGGCGAGCCCGAGUACUUUCGAUACUUUGUGAGCAAGUUCAAGCGAAGGUCACCACUCAUCAAUCGCGGUUACUGGCUACGCAUGAAGGCUAUUGAGCAUUGCGUGACUCGAUUCCUGGCCGAGGGCACUGCGAAGAGGAAGGUCGUGAUCAACUUGGGAUGUGGCUACGAUCCUCUACCAUGGCUCUUCCUAGGCAAGCAUCCAGAGCUAUGUCAGAAUACGACUUUCGUGGAUGUUGACUACCCAGCUCUCAUGCAUAACAAGCUUGGCAUUAUUAGCAAGACUGAACAGCUGAAGAUGCUCCUACCCAAGAUGACGAGGACGAACAACGAAAGCGGACUACUGGCAUCUAGCGAUCCGUAUGUGGCCAUUGGAUGCGAUUUGUACAACACCUCGACUAUGGACCAGAUUUUACACGACCACUUACGGAUCAAGGACUCGUCAGUAGCUGUCCUCUGCGUUGCAGAAGUGUCUAUCGCUUAUAUGGAGCGAGAGGCCGCGCAGCACGUCCUGGAGUGGGGUGCAACCUUAUCAGAUGUUCGUUUCUGCCUACUUGAGCAACAUCUGCCCGAUGGCGAGGAGCACCCGUUCGCGCAGACCAUGCUGGCACACUUUCAGAAGCUGAAGACACCGCUGGGUGGCAUUGGCACGAUACCAGAGAUGAAGCAGCGCUUCGCAGAUGCUGGAUGGCCAGAAGCUGGCACGGAUAUACGGUCACUGUGGGAGCUCUGGUCUGAUCCGACAUUCCUGAAUGCCGAACAAAGACGUGGACUGGACAAGAUCGAGCCUUUCGAUGAGUGGGAGGAAUUUGCCCUCUUCGCUUCGCAUUAUUUCCUGGCUGUAGCAGAGCGCAAAGCUGAUCAGGACUGGUCACACAGACCAUACCGCGCUUCACUCGCUGGUAGCACCUCUCGCGUGUCACUUGCUGGCUCCGGUAACGAGUCGCCAGUGCCAGACGUGCCGCAGGAACAACCACUACAGUGUCCAGACCUACCUGGAAAAUUUGUUUCGAGGAGAUAUGCUGCUGUGGUGCCUGCAACUUCUGAGAUAUCUGAAGGUGAAGCGGUGGGCUUGCUUGGUGGCCUCGGCACACAAGAACGGCAGGCCGACUGCGACACUUACUCACGCACCGAAGACCUACUGCCUAUACAGGGUCCACCUCUCAGAACGGGUAUCAUGUGUCACACCGUGACAAGGCUCGGUGCCACGUCCAAUUGUCUCAUGGCAGGUGGCAGGACUUCGCCCGACAAAGCUACUGCUGAAUGCUGGCUGAGACAAGACGGCAUGUGGCGAAGAGCACAGAGUCUUCCCGAGGGACGAUACAGGCAUUGUGCUAUACCACUGAAAUUGCCGACGAACCCUCGACCAGCACAUACCGCACUGAUCUUCGGUGGCAAGACAAGUGAUGGCCACGUAUUGGACGAGUGGCUUCUGUGGAUGGGAGAGGGUGGCUGGCGUACAGUGCAUGUAGCUGGAGAUGCUCCUCCAGCUCGAUUCGGAGCUGCCAUGAUCACGGACUCAAGAGAAGGCACAGGCGGCGUGCUUGUUGGUGGUAUGACGAGUGCAGGUCGCGUACUCACGGAUUUCUGGCAUUGGAGUCUCGAGAGCGAUAUGACUCUGUAUUGCCGGAACGUCACUGCUCGAGCAUCAGCGGUACUGAGGACUAAUGCUGCAAUCCUCGGUCGAUUCGGCGCACAGCUUGUACGCACGAAUCGAGGUAUCCUUAUGGUUGGUGGAAUAUGUGGAGGCCGAAUGCUCAACCACCAGGACGAAAUCUUGAACAUGAAGACGCUGCGAACACACCCGGUACAAGGCAAGCGACCAUUGUUCAUUGGCUCAUCAAUCACAGAUGUCGAUGGUGGUCUGAUUGUGUUGGGCGGCGGUGCCAACUGUUUCUCCUUCGGCACAUACUGGAACAAGCCUGCAAUUCUAACGGAUAGCCCUGAGGCAUCAUUGCGCAUUGGUUGGCAUCUGCUGUCCACCCAACGACCUGACAGCUCGCUUGGCCAGCAAUGGGAUAUGGCCGAGCGAUCUGUGCAACCCAUGCAAUCCACAACAUCGCUACAGGAAGCGCCACUGCAGACCAAUGGCCAUAUCAGCAUGAUGCAGCCUGAACUUCGACUACCUGAGCCGACGAAAAUCCAAAGGCAAAGUCUUGCCCAAGGAGUCGAGUUCGAGCGAUGUGUAGAAUCGGGCCAGCCCAUGAUUUUCUUCGAAGGAGACAUUGGACCUUGCACAACUAUGUGGGACAACAGCUACCUCAAGGAGUCGAUUGGACAUGAUCGAAAGGUGGUGGUCCACUCCACACAAAAUGACACCAUGGACUUUAAAAACAAGAACUUCCAGUACGUCACACAGAGCUUCGGGUCGUUCUUGGACAGUUGUGCUGGUGGCGAGAAGCUUUAUUUGCGAAGUCUGUCGAAGGAUGCCCCGAGCGACCAGCCAACAAACCUUGCGGACGACUAUCCAGAGAUCGCUGCUGAUUUCGAGCUGCCCGGUGAAUUGAUAUAUGUGGUCGAGAACCUGCAUAGCUCGCCUCUGCGGAUAUCAGGGCCGGUCACAAUGUGGCUGCAUUACGACGUUAUGGCAAACGUGCUUUGCCAGGUUCGUGGACGCAAGAGGCUGUUGCUAUACCCUCCCACGGAUGUCAGCUCCCUGGGCUUCGAUCCUGGUGCAUCUAGCUCAUCGAUGGACGUGUUUAAUGUCCAACCGUCGGCGCGGAGAGCACUGAUCAACACACAUCCGUACGAAGCAAUUCUCAACCCCGGCGAUAUCCUCUUCAUUCCACCUAUGUGGGUGCAUACGGCGGCUCCGACGGACGGCAUGAGCAUAGCUGUCAACAUCUUCUUCCGCAGUCUGCAACAGAACACCUACGCAGCUGGCAGGGAUGUCUAUGGCAAUCGCGAUCUGGCAGCUUACGAGCGUGGUCGCAAAGACAUCGACAGGAUAGUCAAGUCUUUCGAGAAUCUGCCUGCAGACGUGAGCGGUUUCUACUUGGAGCGGCUGGCGAACGAGCUGAUGGAGAAGGCGAAGGCUGUCUCGAACUCCUCACAGCUACAUACGAUGUAUGCGGAGCUUUCGUAG